CCUUCUCUAACUGUAGGUUGCAUCCUCUAACUCCUCCAUGGCCUCCUUCCAAUCUAAUCCUCUCCUCCUUUUCCUUCUCUCUUUGAUGGCCGUGGUGGCCUCAGCCUCUGGUAGUGAGUUCAAACUGGGAGAAGAGAAGGCGACCCGCCUCCACUUCUACAUGCAUGACAUCCUUAGUGGUCCUAACCCCACUGCCAUCCGGGUCGUGCAAGGGCCGCUGAAUUUGACGGGGUUCAACUUCAACUUUGGAGAUGUUUUUGUGAUGGACGACCCACUGACAAAGGGGCCAAACUCGACGUCGGAGCUCAUCGGACGGGCCCAAGGCUUCUAUGUGUUUGCAUCCCAGGAUUCAGCUGACAUAGCUUUGCUAUUAACAACCAACCUUGUGUUCAAGGAAGGGAAGUACAAUGGAAGCACGCUUUCCAUACUGUCGAGGGAUGCUAUCUUUGCACCGGUGAGGGAGUUGCCGGUGGUCGGAGGGACCGGCGUGUUCCGUCUGGCUCGAGGCUAUGCUCUGUUGAAGACCUUCUCAUUCAACACCACCUCGGGUGAUGCUGUUUUGGAGUUGGAUGUUUAUGUCAUGCACUAUUGAUAUGUCAUUGCUUGUUGCAUGUUCUCUCUCGCUAGUUUACUUUGUUCUUGGAUCGAAUCCUUGAUGUCUGAUGGUUCUUUCUGAUAAUCGUUAAGUGGCUUUGAAUAAAAUUCUCACUUGUGAUGUUUAUAAUA